AUGCUUCACCUGAAGGACAGGCUGUCUAAAUCUGGACUCACUGCCUUCAGUGUUUCAGUUUUCCAUCAUGCUGUUGUCCUGAUUCUCCUAACAGACUGCUGUGGAGGUCUGUCUCAGGUGAUUGGUCCAUCUCAGCCAGUAAUAGUAACAGUUGGUGAUGACAUCAUUUUGCCAUGCCAUCUGAAGCCGGCUACGGAUGCUGUUGGUAUGACUCUGGAGUGGGCGAGACCCGACCUGAACCCCAGGUUUGUCCAUGUGUGGCAUGAAGGUCAAGACCUCCAGAUUAAUCAGCAUCCAUCCUACAAGGGUAGAACAUCACUGUCCGUUGAGAAACUGAAACACGGAGACAUUUCACUAAAACUCUCCAGAGUGAAACUCUCUGAUAAUGGAAAAUACAGAUGCUAUUUUCCAGAUUUGAAUAAAGACUCUACUGUUCAGCUUGUUGUUGGGACUGCCUCCUCUCCUGUCAUCAGCUUAGCAGGGAUUGACACAUCUAGCAGCAGAGUGGUGUUACAGUGUGAGUCUAAAGGCUGGUAUCCAGAGCCUGAGGUGUUUUGGUUGGAUGGUGAGGGAAACCUCCUCUCUGCUGGACCUACAGAGACAGUCAGAGGUCCUGAUGUCCUCUAUACUGUCAGCAGCAGAGUGACUGUAGAGAAGAGACACAACAACAACUUCACCUGUAGAGUCCAACAGAACAACAUCAACCAGACCAGAGAGACACACAUUAUUGUUCCAGAUGAUUUCUUCAUUGCUCCAUGUAGUUCUGCUGCUUGUAUCACCGUUAGCUUGUUUGCUUGCUUCAUGUGUGUUCUUGCAGUUGUCUUUGCUGUGUGGAAAUGGAGGCAAAACAAAACCAAAAGCAAGACACAAAGAGAAAAACUGCGGCUCCUGGCAGAGAGUGGAAUGGUUGAUACACUGAAGGAACAGAAGGAUGAACUCAAACUUCAAAAGGAAGAGAUAGAGGAACUGUUGGAAGAGAAAGAAAAAAAGUUUAAGUUAUUGGAGAAAGAAAUAACAGAGAAGGGGGAUAAAAGUUUCACCAGUGCACCAGAAUAUAUUAAGCUAAAAGAAUUAAUAUUGGAGUACCAAUGGAGCCUGAAUGACAGACUGACAGUACUUGAGAAACUUGCCCUGAACACAGAGAAGCUAUUAGAGAAGACAGAGCAGAUUAUUUGA